AUGAAGUCGAACAAAAACAAGAACUAUGUUUGCACAGGAACCACCAAUCAUGCUGAAGCUCUCGAGAUUGCUUUCGAUCUUUCAAAAAGUUCUUUCGAGACAUUGAUUGAAUUCUUUUACAAACCAUUGCUGAAAUGGUCACACAGUAAAUCCAAGAAGAACGCUAAUAAAAACAAGAAAAUCGUAACCAAAUUAAUUCCUGCUGGCGAACUCUUUGGUGCUGAGCAAUAUCCCCAGCUCUACAUAGAAAAGAAUCCUGGCGGAUAUGUGUGCACUAUCUUCAUUGGUAGUAGCAGCUUCCGAUUAUACAGCUUUUCCGUGUACGAACUACUACUGUAG